AAGAAGAAAGAGCAAUAUUAACUUCAACUCUAAAUAAAUUUCCAACUCGCGUACUUUACACUUCACCGUAGACAAUCAUUCACUUUCUCCAACACUGAAUCAUUCAUUCAGUGCUUAUUACAUCUCUGAACUAAAACUGCGUCGUUUUGCCAGUAGUCCCCAUCGCCAAAAUCACCCUCAAAUCGCAGGGCUAGGGUUUACUCUGCAUCAAUGUCCUCCAAAUCAACAACGGAAGAUCGCGUAUCAGCGUUAUGUAUAAACGAAGCGUUGACGGACGACGAGCUCCGUUCGAUUCUGGCGAGAUUUGACAACGACAAAGACAAGGAAACGUUCGGUUUGGUAUGUAAGCGAUGGCUUCGGUUGCAGAGCACCGAGAGGAAGAAACUCUCCGCACGCGCUGGUCCGCAUUUGUUACGAAAAAUGGCGGAUAGGUUCACGCGCUUGGUUGAAUUGGACCUUGCUCAGUCUGCUUCUCGUUCGUUUUAUCCCGGGGUUACUGAUUCGGAUCUUGCUGUUAUUGCCAAUGGUUUUAGAUGCUUGAGGAUCCUCAAUUUGCAUAACUGUAAAGGAAUUACGGAUGUUGGGAUGAAAGCUAUUGGUGACGGUCUUUCCUUAUUACAAUCAUUGGAUGUAUCCUACUGCAGAAAGCUGACUGAUAAAGGAUUGUCCGCCAUUGCCAAAGGCUGUUGUGACUUGCGAAUAUUGCAUCUUACUGGGUGCCGAUUUGUUACGGAUACUAUACUAGAAGCACUGUCCGAAAACUGUCAUAAUUUAGAAGAGUUGGGAUUGCAAGGAUGCACAAGUAUCACUGACAAUGGACUGAUAAACCUUGCAAGUGGUUGCCGGAAGAUCAAAUUUUUAGACAUUAAUAGAUGCAGUAAUGCCAGUGAUGUUGGGGUUACUAGUAUUUGUAGGGCUAGUUCUUUUUCUCUUAAGACUUUGAAAUUGUUAGAUUGCUACAAAAUCGGGGAUGAAACUAUAUUAUCAUUGGCCAAAUUCUGUGAGAAUCUGGAGACGUUGAUCAUUGGUGGUUGCCGGGAUGUCUCCAACGACGCAAUAAAGUUUCUGGCUACUGCUUGUAGAAACAACCUUAGAAACUUGAGGAUGGAUUGGUGUCUCAACAUUUCUGACUCUUCAUUGAGCUGUAUUCUAAGUCAAUGCAGAAACCUUGAGGCACUGGACAUUGGUUGCUGUGAAGAGGUGACAGAUACUGCUUUUCAUCAUAUAAGCAGCGAGGAGCCUGGUUUGAGUUUGAAGAUUUUGAAAGCUAGUAAUUGUCCGAAGAUCACAGUGGUUGGUAUAGGCAUUCUUGCGAGUAAGUGCAGUUACCUGGAAUACUUGGAUGUGAGAUCAUGCCCACAUAUUACAAAGGCUGGCCUUGAUGAGGCUGGUUUCCGUUUUCCUGAUAACUGUAAGAUUAAUUUUAAUGGUAGCAUCAGUGAGCCUGCUGUUCUUCUUUGAUACUUAAUUAUUUUUGGAGAUUGAUUCGAUGAAAAGAUCCUCCUUUGUAAACUAUCUUGUUAAGGCGUGCCUUUAGAAAUUUGAGGAUAAUUUGGUAAUGUUAGUUGUCAUAUGCAGCAUAGCGUGUAUAUCACUGCACUGAUUGACUGGUAUUGGAAGUAUUGUAACAUAGUUUGUUAAUCUCAUCCGUUGUAAAUUUUGUAAGAACAAUAUUGUGAUCUUCUUUUGUACAACUGUCGCCACAAAUUGUAUUUGCUACUUGAUUAAUAAUAAUAUCAUUCCUUUGUGUGA